ACAGAUCUGUGUGUUAUGUGUACAGUAUGGAAACAGAGAUCGUUGGAUUAAUUUCGUAAUUUUUUCUGGAACAAAACAGUUCAUUUUUGCCAACUUCGUUCAAAGUUUUACGCAUUUUUCGUUUUAAAGGGAAAAGAAAUGAAAUAUUUGCUCGUGAUUGUUUUAGUUUUUGGAGCUAGUCACGCCCAAUACGAAGAUAUCAAUGUUAACGCUAGAGACGAACAACUCAAUACACCACUGCAUAACGCAGCAAGUCGUGGUUAUUAUUUGAGCCGAGCCAAACUUCUAAUCAAGCACGGUGCCAAUUUAAAUGCAAAAAAUAUUAAUAAAGAAACGCCAUUGCAUCUCGCCGUUCGUUAUGAUAAGCCAGAUAUUGUGAAACUUUUAGUGGAAAGUGGAGCAUCAGUGAAUCCCACAUUGAAUACAAUGGAAACACCAUUGCACCUUGCUGUUAAAAUGAACAAGGCGGAUAUCGUUAAAAUUCUUGUUGACCACGGCGCGGAUGUCAGUGCCAAGGAUAAUACCGAAAGAACGCCAAUUUUCUGGGCAGCUGAAUAUCGAAAUGAGCAUAUUGCAAGGAUUCUCAUCGAAAACCGGGUCAACAAUCGGGGAGCAGUCGAUCUUUUAUUAGCGGUUGUUUUAGGUAAAGAAGACGUAGUCAAAAAUAUGGCAGAAACUGGUGCCGAUGUUAAUGCUGAAAUGUACGACAAACGUCGGCCUUUACAUCUUGCAUCAUUCAACGGUAUUAAUAACAUUGUGAAGUAUUUAAUCUCAUAUGGAGCCGACGUAAAUGCCAAGAACGUAUAUGGUGACACACCAUUACACGAAGCAGCGCGGCUUGGUAGCACAAAUAUUGUUAAAUUUCUUGUUGAAAAUGGCGCCGAUCUAUUUGCCAAAAAUAAUCGAGGACAAACGCCACGUGAACUGGUUUUAUGGAUUAGUGAAACUCCGAAUGAAAAAUAUCAUGAACACAUGUGGAUCGCAACAAUUCUACAAAAUGCCGAAGAGCAUCAGAAACAAAUGGAAAAAUUUAAGAGACCAGAGAAGCAUCGAUGUUUGUUCGGCGUUAUUGAUUAAAUGAAUGGAAUGAUUAUAGAACAACUAUAGAAUUUUAAAGUCACUUUAACUGAACUUGAAUUUAAAAGUAAAAACGUUAAUUUGUUCAAAAAUUGUACACGUAUUAAUAAACGGAAUAAGAAUUUAAAA